CCAGUCUCAAUGUCUCUGUUUACACAAACCUAUGCCUAAAAAUAACAGCUGUGUAAUGCGAAAGCUUAUUCACAAACCAUCGUAAUAUUGUGAAAAUGAGAGCCCCGUGUUCUUACACCAGUGAGCAAUCAAUGUGUUUCGCUUACUGGGACGUGCCGAUGUACAGUCCGGGCUAUUAUAACAUUGUAUUGUGUCCUCUUUUGUUUUUAAGAAGGUUGCCGAUUGCCAACACUUUUUGUAUUCACUGGCUGAAUGUGACUCCAUAUGGGAGGGCUAGUUACAGCAACCCCAGACUUGCGGUUGUUGCUACAGGAAGCUGGUGUUCCGCAAGAAUAGAGCUUAGUCCCACUCUUUUUGAAAUAAUCACUAAUCGAAUGUUGGAAAUAGAACUGUUGUUUAAACCAAAACAAUUAGAGAGCACGAUCUCAAAGCGAUGGCUUCUAAUGAUCGAGAUAGUAUUUGGAGUAAAAAAUUUCUUUUUUUGCUCUCCUGGCUCCCCCCAAGAAAACGUUAGAUGGUUCCGAUUCUAGCUGUGCCUGGAGAGAUCUGUAUUGACAUUUUGACAGGCAAUGGAAACAAGGGAAUCGAAGUCGAAUCGAUGAUAGCUUGAGCUUAUAGGAUUAUGAUCAAGCUAAAAUACGUUAGCAAAGGAUAACAAACGAAGCACGAAAUGCCAUUAGUAGAUAAGAUUUGAUUCUGUCUCUGGAGGUAAACAGGCAGCGCAGAAUUUUGAUGGUUAAGCAUUAACGUUUUGAUGACAACGAGAGGAAGGUACGAGAUAAAAGUGGCCCGAUGAAAGAACGAGGAGAUACUGACGUUAAACUAGCCAUUGUUGGCGCUCCAAGCGUUGGGAAAUCAGCCAUUGGCGUAAGAUUUCUCACUAGAAGGUUCAUUGGUGAAUAUGAAGGAGAUGUUGAAUUUGUUUACAAACGGGAUAUCAAGUUCGAAGAUGACUUCAUAUCAUACGAGCUCAAAGAUACAGCAGGAAGUACAUGCCUCGCAAGCGCUAUGGGCUACUUCACUUGGUCGUCAUCAAUCGUUGUCGUUUACUCGAUAGUUGAUCGAAGCUCGUUUAUAACAGCAGCUGUUUUGCUGGAAGAAUUCAAACAAAUGAGCAGAUCAUCGCAUGCCAAGAAGGGAACAAUACCAACGAUUGCGAUUCUCGGUAACAAGUAUGAUCUAUGUCACCGAAGAGAGGUAUCAACGGAAGAAGGACGAAACCUCGCAUUGAAACACGGUGCGUCAUUUUACGAAAUCUCUGCUGCCACUGAUUUUGAUAAUGUAUUCAUUCCCUUAAACACGCUUAUCGUUCAGAAUUACAUUAAACUAACCAAGGAAGCUCUCGCUGAGGGCCACUCCCAAAGUAUCGAGAAAAGAACGACGCUACAGUUGCCUUUGAUUGAGGAGACUCCGGGCUAUGAGAGGGGCGUACAGACAAGAAAAUCCCCAAAUGAAAGAAAGCAAACGGUACGUCGAAAACUCUCGGCAGCAAUUUUCAAAAAGCGCUCAGAAACAGUGUAAAUCAUCAAAACGUCUUGAUAAAUUAUAUCUUUUCAGAUUUUUCAAAAAUAAUCUGAUGUUCUAAAUUAUUGAAUUAGCUUGUACGUCGGCAAAUAGAUGUUAUUAAAUUUUUAGAAUCUAUUUAACUUGUAGUAUUUUUGCCUAAAUAAAAAGAUGUAUUCAAAUAAUCAAAGUACAAAAGAAGGUCUCAGUGUAAAAAAUGUGUUUAUCGUGUAAAUCAAUAAUGAGACACUGCAAAAAGCUUUCUCUCUUCUUGCUAGUUCUCGCAAACUCAUUGACAUUCUCAAGGACGACUUGCUCUUUCAUCGUCAACUUGUUUGUUUUUGACCAUCAAUAUUCUCAAAGCUAAUAAAGCUCAUUUUCAGACCAAGUUGCCCCUUUAAGUUUUAAGCUUUCUAGAAGAAAAACAUUUUCAUUAGAAAAUUUCACUCUCCUAGCCUCCAUGGUUACAUUUUGGCCAAAAUAAAAUAUGUUUGGUAAUUCUAUGAAAAUUCAGAAUAGAAAUCUAAUUCUGGAAUAUCUACAGCUUUAAUUUCUUGCAAAUACUUAACUAAAUUCCAAACUAAAUGCAUCUAGUUUUUUCGUGCCAUAUUGAAACGCUUAAACCUGUUCUAGUCAGAGCUGUCAGACCUUGUGGAAACAAACAGGCUGGUACGAUGAAAAAGAUAGGAUACAAACCCCUUCGAAAAAAUUCACCAAAUGCCAUCUUUCAACUAAGGUACUAUGUCAUAAGCAAAUACAACAGUCAUUUGAACAACGAUGCUGUGAAUUGCGCUUUAGGCGUUCCAAUAAUACGUGAAUCAACAAUCAUUAAGGAGUUCUUAUACAUUAUUAAAAGCAGCUUCUCCUGUCUAUCUGUCCUCUUUGCUAAAAGUGCCUGACUAUCUUGAACCGACCCAUUCUGUUUUGUUCCAAAAGAUCAACAAUCAUUUAAAGUUUCUGCUACUUUAUAAAAAGCAGCUUUUCCUUUUAAUCUGUACUGCUGGUCAAAAUUGUCUCAUCAUCUAGAUUCGACUCCUUCUGCUUUCUCUACAAAAAAAAUCACCUCAAAACUUCAAUUUUUAAAACUUUUUUGUGAAGUCCACCAUCAUUAGAUGUUGUUUAUAAGUUCCACAUGCAAAAACUUUCCUCUUGGCAGUAGAAUCAGGUCAUCUGGAAUCGACAAAGUGUUUCGUGGCAAAGAUUCACCUCUAUCGUUUUUACAACCAAUAUUAUAAGUAAAGUCAACAAUUAGUGAAUGCUGCUAACGCUUUACAAAAAAAUGUAAAAAAUAUGUAUCCCUAUUUUGUGUUUGGUAAAAAAAUUUCAACUUCAGCCACUUUGUAUAAAUUGUAAACCUAAAAUAUUGAUAUAGGAAAGAUAAACAAUCAUUAUUUCUUGCUAAUACUACACCUUUCUAUAAUUCUUCCAGUAAUUCUGUGUUUUGUUAUGAUCAUCUAGAAUCAACCCCUUCAAACAAACGUGCAAGAAAUUACCAAAAAAAACCUCAAACUGUUUGUAAGCGUAUGCCUAUUAUUUUUGUAAAAUCAGCAAAUCAUUAAAUGUUGCGAAAACUUGAAAAGGCUUCACCUUUGAAUCAUUCUUUCGUGCUAAUAGUGUCUCGUCAUCUGGAAUGAGCCCCUUCUCUGUUUGGUGGAUAUAACUCACUCACAAACUCUCUAGAU